GCAGAGGAGCGGGUACACGCCAUACAGCUUGAUGCAGAGGAUUUGCUCGGUGGCCCUGAUGUGUGCUCUCGGCCUGUGGACAACAUGGACCUGGAGGAUGUGUUAGGCCCCAGCACGGCGAUUCCCACUUUUGACCAGGAUGCGCCCGGUGCCGGACAGCGACUACCUGCCAGUCCCGCUGAGCCACAGGACUUGCUACAAGCAGCGAGUGCCAUGCCAGAGAAGCCGGUCGCGCUAGAAUUAGAGUCCGACGAGGAGGACCUCCUGGGUGGCACAAGCGUUGCAAGUCGGCCACUUGCCACAUCUGCCGACGACGAUCUGCUGCUUUGA